AUGGGGCAGGGUUUCGAAAAUCAGACGAUGAAUGUGCCAACCGAUAAACCAUUACCAGGUCAAGUGCAUGACACACCUUAUGUGCUUCUUGGUGACGAAGCGUUUGCGUUAAAGCCUUAUUUAAUGCGUCCAUUCCCUUAUCGCCAGUCUAGACAAGAUCCUAUGAAAGAGACAUUUAACUAUAGAUUAUGCAGAGCGAGAAGGGUUGUCGAAAAUGCAUUCGGAAUCAUGGCCAAAAAAUUCCGUAUCUAUUCCAGACCAUUGGAAAUAAACGUUGAUACAAUAAACACUGUAAUAAUGACAACGUGCAUAUUUCAUAACUUUUUAAGAACGAGACAAUCAGGAGACGAAGAAUAUUUUGAUAAUUUAGAGGAAGAAUAUAAUCAACAGGAUCAAAAUAUGUUAUUGCCAUUUAUUAAUGAUAGUAGAAGAGGUCCAAACGAAGCAUUUGAAAUUCGGGAAAAAUGUAUUAAUUGGUUUAUUGAAAAUCGGUUAGAAAAAUAA